AUAUAAGAUAAAGACCUCCCCAGAAAAAAAAGGUGGGGUGUCCAUAUAGUUCCCAUCUCGUGCAGGAUGAUCUGAGGGUAUAAAUGGUGUCAAGAUAUCAUCUUUUUUCAUAAUUUUCCUUUUUUGCUCUAAAUAUAUUUAAAAGAUAGCAUGUGGGUUCAUAGGAAGGUACAAGGUCAAUAUUGGGCUAACCCAUGUUUUAAAAGCAGCCUUCUUUAAGGACCUUCAUUUUUGUGUGUUUUAGUUUUUCUUGUUUUAAGAACAAAAGAUAAGGAAAAAAGAGCCCUUUUGCUCCGUAUUCGAACCGUCUCUUUGUUAUGAUGAGGACAAAAUGCUCACUGAAUUUUUUUCUCUUAUAAAGGACUAAUUUUUGUGGUAUAUCUAAUCAAGAGAAAAUUUUGUUCUCUUUUUAGUAAAAUUCUUUUGAACGGUUCUCGACUGUAGUUGAAGUUUUCUGGCGGUGACUAGUAGUUGGGAUUUUGUUGAGCAUUCACAAGAGUAUUGGUAAUUUGGUCACGAGAAAGAUUCAAGAUAAGGCUCAGCUUUUUUUCAACUGUUCUCAAAAACUUUCUUCUUUUCACUGCCCUGUUGCACUCUUUAAACUUUAGUGCCUCUCUUUGUUGAACUGGUUUUAGCAAGUAUAAAUACAGUUAAUUUGUCGGGCGUCCGAAUGAAAUUUGUGUUCAAAUUGUGUUCUUGAAAAUGAAUCACUUGGCACCGGUUGAAAUCACUAAGGAUGAGAAUGGAAUUUCUCAGGUUGUGCUCCGGAGCCCUCGCGGGGCUUCUGUUCGGGUUAGUCUUCAUGGGGCGCAAGUUCGAUCGUGGAAAACCGAAAAGGGAGAAGAAUUGUUGUUUACUAGCAGUAAGGCGAUUUACAAGCCUCCGGCAGCUGUAAGAGGAGGAAUUCCUAUUUGUUUCCCACAGUUUGGGAAACGUGGUUCGCUAGAACAACAUGGAUUUGCGAGGAACCGAAUGUGGGCCGUUGAUGAAAAUCCUCCUCCUCUACAGUCCUUUGAUCCUGGCUACAAUGCAUAUGUUGACUUGCUAACUAAAUCAUAUGAUGAUGAUCUCAAGAUUUGGCCUCACGGUUACGAAUUUCGACUUAGGGUGAUACUGACUUUUGAUGGAAAUCUGACUUUGAUAUCGCGCGUGCGUAAUGUGAAUGGAAAGCCUUUUAGUUUCUCGUUUGCUUAUCACACGUAUUUCUCGGUCUCAGAUAUCAGUGAAGUAAGAGUGGAGGGCUUGGAGACUCUCGACUAUCUCGACAACCUUUGCAACAGGGAACGUUUUACAGAACAAGGAGAUGCCUUAACCUUUGAAUCUGAGGUGGAUCGAGUUUACCUAAGUUCGUCGGAUGCAGUUGCUGUGUUCGAUCACGAGAAAAAACAAACCUUCGUGAUCAGAAAAGAAGGGCUUCCUGAUGUGGUCGUUUGGAACCCAUGGGACAAGAAAUCGAAAGCCAUGUCCGAUUUUGGGGAUGAAGAGUACAAAUACAUGCUCUGUGUUGAUGCAGCCGCAAUCGAGAAACCGAUCACUCUAAAACCGGGUGAGGAGUGGACCGGACAAGUCGAGCUCUCUGUGGUGGCCUCCAUACAGUGAUUUUCCCAUACAGUGAUCUCCAGUGAGAACUAAGGUCUCACAGAAGGCGCCAAGCUGAUAUUAUUAUUGAUAGGAUUUAACUUAACUUUCUAUUGCUUGUGUACGUUGGUGGCCUUAUUAAUUGAGCCGCCUUAAAAUAACCAUUUGAAAUUAUAUAGGUCAUUUUUAUUUUUUUUGGGUUGUUUUGUGGAAAAUGGUUGGCAAAAAUUUGAUUGCAAUGAUUGUAUGAUUAUUGUAACUGUUUCUAUAUUGUUGUGAAUUUUGUGAUGACAAUUUCUGAAUGCAACUCAUGAAGCCAUGGAAGGAACAAG